AUGGAUGAAAUUUACGAGAGUCUUGACUUGAAUCCUAAUUAGAUGAGGGAUUUUAUGACGCUUGAGUCCUAAGGACACUCAGGAUUGAGAAGUAGGGACAGAUUACCUUAGAUUUAAUAGCCUCCAAGAACAUUAGUUGAAGAUCUAUAAAACAUGAGAGAAAGCUAAAAUAGUAUUCUAUUUGAGAACUAAGAUCGUCUUAACGAUUCUUCAACUUCCUUUAUAAAUAGAAACAACAAUAAACAUCUGGAGUGGUAGAACCGAGGAGAUUUGGAAACAGGCUCUAGAAAACAGCCAGAAUAGAUUAAGUACUAGUAAAAUUCAAAUCCUACGGAGGAAUUCCUUAAAAAUAUCAAAAGAUCAUAACAUCAAACUAUUCUGCAUGAAACCCUAGACAAAAGUGGGGAGUUAGGAGAUACUAUUGUUGAUACUUUGGCAGAUCAGCCUGCGAAUGGAUAUUCGUAAAGUUUAAGAUAUCAAGGAGUUCAGUCUAACUACACCGAUAUUGAGUUAACAAAAGUUGUUAACAAUAGGAAACUCCCAAAAACAUUCAGAGAUGCUGAGAUUGAGCUACCACAAAUAAAUAGAAAGAAAUAAAUUGAAUCCAUAGUUAAUCCUAUCAAUAAUUAUACAAGUGUAGAUCUAAAAGGAUAAUAUCAAAUUGGAGGUAAUAUGAUAUCUGGAAUAUCUAUGCCAACGUAAGCAACAGAAUAAACACUGAACAGAUUCGUACCUGAAACAGCUUAUCAAGCAACAAGGACUAUAACAGAGAGCAAAGCGGAAGAUAAUAUGCCACUUGAUCCCUCAAUUUUCUAAUUUGAAAGAGUUAAUGCAUACAUGGAGGACUUAUUUCACAGAGAUACCUACGUGAUAAAAAAGAAAGCUAAUUAUGUAGAAAGACUUACCUGCAGCUUGAUUGCAGAAGAUAACACUUUUAAAGUUUAUGAUUGGGAUGAAAAGCUAAUUUAAAAGGGUAUUAGACUCAUGAAAUUCAAAUAAUAAUCUUAAGAUUGUGUCAAAUAUUUCUGUUGCAGUCAUUAUAGAUCCUAUAGAACUGUGGGCAGAUCAAGCAAUAAUAAAAAACUUGUAAGCAAAAGUCUAAGAACUUUCAAAUGGAUGUGUCCAUGCAAUAAAAAUAAACCAAUAACAGCUGUUUUCGAUACUGAAACUGGAUACUUGGGCAAAAUAGAAUUAGUCUCAAGCUUGGAAUGUAUUCUAUUUUGUAAAUAAGUCAAAGUGAAGAUAUUUGAUCACAAAGACAGAUAUCUCUACAAGCUUAGAUUUCCAACUCUAAAUAUGGUUUCUUUUUUCGGACUUUAUCCUUGGGAAAGGCAUGAUAGAUAUGAUUUUAGAGUCAUCAAUAAAAUUACAGGUGAGAGUGGAGCAAUUAUAAGGAAGUAAUGGUCAUAUUUCUGUAAAGAUAAAUGCUCCAAUGGAGGCCACUACUUUAUUAAAUUUAGGUAGAACCCUAUGCCAUGGAAUCAUAAAUAGUUGAUAUUUGAAGCAUUAAUGAUGCUUGAUAUGAGUCAUUAUAACUUAAGAUUUGUAUAGGGUAUGGAACUCUGUACAAUUUUUAUGGUUCUUAUACUUACAGCUCUUAUAAUGGUUUUCUAUGGAGUAUUUUACAGUAUGACUAUAUGA